AUGAACCCUUUCCUCUUCCCUGUUGGAGAGUCAGACAGUCAGAGUCAGGUUCUACCAAUGUCAGCGUCAACAGCAAUUGAGUCUUCAGCGAUAGCCGCCAAGCGUCGCUUAAGGCGCAUCCCUGACGAAUCUCGUAAAAGAAAUGCUCAAAGCUGUGACCGUUGUCGCAAGCGACGUUGCAAGUGUGUACCCGACCCUUCAGGUACAGGCUGCAUUAACUGCGUCGAACAUAAUGUCACCUGUUUGUACACGGCGCCUCGUAAGACACGCUUCUAUGGGAGUGUCGAUGAUUUAAGCGAUAGGUACCUUUGUCUAGAAGCUCUCGUAAAAGGUGCAUUCCCAAAUGAAGCCCUCGAUACCGUCAAUCAUGCACAAUUGGGUCAGCGAAUGGGUUAUAAAAUGCCCAAUAUCUCUGACCCUAAUCGCAAGUUGAUUAAAGUUGAAGAAUUAGUUUCAAGUCCUCCCAACAAUACACAGACGCCACCAACAGGACCAGAAAUUAUUACUACAGAAGAUCAGGCUGCUGUAGCCGGUAAAUCCCAAACCGAAGAGCCUCAGUCAUCGCUGGUCAAAGAUAACUCUGGCCAUCAUCACUACAUUGGCCCCUCAGGGACACUUAAUUUCUGGAAUCAGUUGCGGAAUCUCGUCGAUUCGAACGAUAGCCAGGCUAAUCCAGCCCGUCAGGGAGCUACCAAGUUCACUCAAGAUAAUACGAGUCGUCUCCUCGAAGCUGACGAAUCUGAUGAAGACGAUCAACCACAGCUCAAUGCUGCUUGGUCCCAAGACGGACCUUCGCCUGGAUCCAUAACGUCUGCUGUCGCGCGCGACUUUACACGUCUUCCCACCACUGACAUGGAUGAGAUUCUCAGCCAAUUCCCUCCAAACGAAGUUUUGGACAAACUCAUCGAGUCAUACUUUACAAAAGUCCACGAUGACUUUCCCCUCUUUCAUCGAGCAUCGUUUGAAGAAGAAUAUGAGCUGUUUGUCGUUCAAGCUCGACAGGAUCCGUGUCGUUCAAAUUCAAGACCACUUCCAUUGCCUGACUGGGGUUGGAUUGGUUGUCUUCAUAUGAUUGUCGUAUUUGGAUCCAUAUCGGAUCGUUCAAUUCCCAACAUUGACCACUCUGCUCUACGGCGAAGAUCAGUAACAGUGACUAGAUCCCUACUGCCUCAGUUCAUCGCAAAGUGCUCCUUAAGUAACGUCAGAGUCUUGUUACUCCUGGCCCUCUUUUUACACAACAAUAACGAGAGGAACGCUGCGUGGAAUGUAGCAGGCACAGCAACUCGCAUCUCUUUUGCCCUCGGACUACAUCGACUGGAUAUGAGUUCUUCAUUCAGACCACUUGAAAGAGAAGUCAGAAAAUGGGUAUUUUGCACACUUUACUCGUUCGAGCAAUUCCUCGCCUCAAGUCUUGGACGGCCUAGUGGCCUGCAAGAGCUCGAUGUCGAAGUCGUCCCUCCCAGGGAAGACUUUGUCGAAGGUGGCAUAGGAACUGAUGCCAGACUCGUAUCAUGGUCUAUCAAACUCCAGGCUAUUCUAGCACGAACAAGACUCCUACACGGAGUAAACCGAAGUCCAGGACCGAAGGUGGAUGAGAUUAUGAACGCUUUGGAUGGGUGGAAAAGAGAUAUAGAAAAAGCACCAGGACUAGACGUUUCUUGGAUGAAAUUGGAAGGCAGGGCUCUACCAUCUUUAGACGGAGACGGUGCCGUGGAUAUGGAGGAAAUCAAAGUCUCGCUGGCUUGGAAAACACGUCCACAACUUCGCGCUGUAUUGUUGAUGCACAUACAGUUUCACUACAUCGCCAUUGUUGCUACAAGGCCGCUGCUACUUCGCGACGUAGCAUCGACGCGCAAGGCUGAUGCUGAAGCACCCAAAAUACCGGUACCUCCACACGCUGCGUUGUGUGUCAAGCACGCAUGUCAAUUGAGCUACCUCAUGAUUCUUCUUAACCACUUCGAUGUUCUCAACGGUCUUUCUGGUCUGGAUAUCUUUUACGCAUACUGCUCAGCCAUGAUCUUGAUCCUUCGACUACUUCGGCUACGCCCUGGCGAACUGGUCGAAGGAGUCAAGCCAGACGAGGUAGCUCUGCAAAGCAAGAUCCGACAUAUAGUAGAGACCCUACGAAACGUUAUCAACCAAACCGAAAAGUGUGGCUCAAUGGCGCGACUGGCCCAGGUUGUCGAUACCUUCUCAGAGUGCGCCAACAUCCCGAACGAUCCACCAGCCAUGGCAAAUCUCCCUCCACAAGGCAUAAACGCGAACAACAUGCCGCCUUAUCCUCCCGGAUGGCAAGCUCAGCAGAUGCAGCCACAUGAUCCCCAAGUUCAAGGGAUGGGGUCUAUGGAUGGUCUUUUGAAUUUCUUGCCCUUCCCGGGAUUUCCAACUGCUGAGGGGUCCAUGGCACAGUUCAUACCGGGGAACGACGUGGAAACGGCUGGUUGGGCUGAAAUGGAGUUUCUAAUGGAGGGAUAUGGUGAAGCAAAUAGAACAGGGUAUUACGGAUAG